AUGAGAGUUGCUAUUGUCACAAGAACAAACCAAUUUUUCAUUGAAGUAGGUAUCCAAGAAACAGUUGUUGAAAUCAAGAGGAAAAUAGAACAAAUCCAUGGGGUUCCAGUGGCUUCACAAGUCCUAACCGUUUCUGGGUGGGAACUAUUGGAUGGAUUGGACAUGGAAGAUUACCCAAUAGUGACUGAAGGUACAAAAGUUGAUCUUUCCUUCAAAACAAUGGAGACACAUCCUAACAAAAUGCAAAUCACAGUAAAAUUUUCAGCUAGAAAGAUUAACAUAGAGGUGGAUAGAACAGAUACUGUUCGUAGCUUAAAGGAAAAAAUUCACAUCAUUGAUAGCACACCCAUCAAAAGAAUGUCACUUUUCUUUUCAGGGACAGAAUUGGAUGAAGACUUUAGAAACUUAAAUGAAUAUGGAAUACGUGAAUCUUCUGAAAUUGUUGUGUUCCUCAAGAACAUGAAUCGAUCAAGAGAAGAACCUCCUACAAGAAAGUUAAGCUUGGUGGUGCAAACUUCAUCUAGUUUGCUUAAUGCAGCCACCAUUCCAUUGGAGAUGAGAGAUGCAAGCACUGUCAAUGACUUGAAGCAGUUACUAUUAAGCAGAAAAAUAUUGCCACUUGACAACUAUGUGUUUAUACACAGGCAGAGGAUCAUGCGUGAUAGCUGUAGCCUUCGAUGGCAUGGAGUUGAAAACGGAGACUGUCUCUAUGUGUUUAAAGGGACAGUCAGUCGAAAUGGGUACGAAUGA